UGUGAGGAAAUUCAAAAGCCUUGCACGCCCUGAUUCUUUAGUUGGCGACAAGCAGACCAGCUACAAGACCAGUGAGUGCCACCAGGAUACGAUCGACAUACCUUAAGCCCAUUCGGAUGCCUGAGACGACCCGCGCAAAAUAAGGAUGUCCUUAAACACUUUUCUGGACGGCGAUCAGUUCACGUGUUCCAUCUGCUUGGACAUCUUCAAUAACCCGUCCUCCACGCCAUGCGGUCACAGCUUCUGUGUCACCUGCAUCAACCAGUACUGGGACGGGGCCAAGGAAUGUCAAUGUCCUCUGUGCAAAAGGACCUUCCAGAAGCGUCCGGACCUCCAGAUCAACAGGACGCUGCGUGAGAUCACAGAGCAGUACAGAUCCAUGUCUGCAGGGCAUGGGGGGUUGGCGAAGGACAAGAAAGUACGUGUACAAGAUGGCGCUAUGCCCAGCGAUUUAAUAAAUGAACUGACCAAAAGGCUUCCACGUGUUCCGCCCAAAACGUCCCCGAACAGCAGGGAAGUAGUCACAACUCCUAUGGCGUCUUCCGUCCCUAACCAAAGUCCGAUCUCUGUGGCAAGCGGAGCCAAUGAAGAGCUUCCAGCCAUUGCUUUACCGUCCCAGUUGUUCGCCCGAAGAAGGUUCACCAUGAGUGGAGUAGCCAGCAGCCCAAACAUUCCCAUCUGCCAGAUCCACCAGAGGGGCAUCAUGAUCAUCUGUCUGACCGACGGGGAGUACAUCUGUCCCAACUGUGAGGCUGAGGAGCAUUCCAAUCACGACACGGUGAAGGUGGAAGAUGUGUGGAUAGAAAAGCAGGCCCAGCUGAAGGAGACGGAACAGAAGAUCCAGGAGAUGAUCCAACAAAGACUCCGGAAGAUUGAAGAGAUCCGAAUAUCAGUAGCAAACAUGAAGCUAGCAGUGGAGCAGGAGACGGCCAGCAGUGUGUGCAUAUUCUCUGAGCUGGUGGCAGCCAUCGAACGCUCGCAAGCGGAUGUAAUUUUCUCCAUGGAGGUCAACCGGAAGACAUCUGAGCAACUGGCAGACACCAUGGUACAGCAGCUGGAGCAGGAAGUGAAGGAACUCCAACAGCGGGAAAGAGCGGUUGCCACACUGUCAACUUCUGACGACUACGUACAAGGCAUUAAGAGUUUCCCUAGGGUCUGCAGCAUUCCACCCACCAAAGACUGGUCUGGCGUGUCUGUGGCGUCUGACCUGGGCACAAGCGCCAUCUACAAGUCGCUGGCGGCUCAGGUGGACAAGUUCCAGGAGCGGCUAAGGAGCGUAACCGAGACAGGUUUUAUUGCCUCAUUGCUGGAAGCCAGUCCAACACGUCCUCAGCCCAGGAUGAGGAGGGUCCAGGAGUAUUCAACUGAUGUGACACUGGACAGCAACACAGCCCACCCCAGAUUGAUCCUGUCAGACAGCAUGAAGAGUGUAAGGUGCAGCGAGCGGCACCAGCUGCUUCCGGACAACACAGAAAGGUUUGACAGGGUGGUCUGUGUCCUGGGGAGAGAGGCCAUCAGCUCUGGGCGACACUACUGGGAGGUGCUUGUGGGCGGCAAGACUGACUGGGACCUGGGGGUCGCUAGACAAUCCAGCAACAGGAAGGGCAAGAUUGAUGUCACGCCAAGUAACGGAUACUGGUUCCUCAGUUUGAGAGACAAGAACAAAUAUGCCUUCCGCACAGAGCCCUCCACAGACGUCCACCUGAACCUUCGGCCAAACAAGAUUGGAAUAUUUGUCGACUAUGAGAGAGGACAGGUUUCCUUCUACAACGUGGACGCUAAAAUCCACAUCUACACCUUCAACGACAACUUCACAGAGUGUAUCUUGCCCUUCUUCAGCCCGUGCACCAACAAGUCGGGAAAGAACGAUGGACCGCUCGUCAUCACGCCGGUCGACAAGUCGGACUGACCAAUUGUUCCUUCCUUUUAUUUCAUAUUCCUUUUUUAUCACUGUCCUGACAUUGUUAGGGUUUGAGAGGGCUGAUUUGCUCGUUAAAAAAAAUACUUUUUUUUUUUUUUUU